AAGGGAAAUGUCAGGAAAGGAAGGAAGAAGGCGAGAAACGCAUAAGAAGAGAUAACUGGAGGCGGAAAGAAGAAAGGCCGAAGGAAAGAGGAAAGACGCAGGGAGGAAGGGAAAAAGAAAGGAAGGAGGCAAAGCAGGAGGAGCACGGAAGGGAGCGAGGCGAGAGGCGGCGGGCUGGCGAUCGUGGGGAGCGUGCGAGGCGUCGGAGCAGCACACGGUGUCGCUGCAGGCUCAGAAACGGCGUGGGAGCGGUGAGGCGGCUCCGCCCCGGUGCGGCGGAGAGCCCGGCUGUGAGCGCGGGGGGGCGGCGCGGGGCGGGCGGGCGAGCCGGUGCGUCCGGGCGGCGGCGGGGAGCCGUGCGGGGCCCGUGCGGGCGGCGGCGGCGAUGGGCGUGUGCUGGGGGCCCGUGGUGCGGGUGCUGGUGCUGCAGGCGGCCUGGGCGCUGGGCGGCGGGCAGGUGCGCUACUCGGUGCCGGAGGAAGCCAAGGCCGGGACGGUGGUGGGCCGGCUGGCGCAGGACCUGGGCCUGGAGGCGGGCGAGCCGGAGGCGCGUCGGCUGCGGCUGGUGGCGCAGGGCCGGCGGGCGAGCGUGGAGGUGAGCGGGGCGAGCGGGGCGCUGGUGGUGAGCUCGCGGCUGGACCGGGAGGAGCUGUGCGGGAAGAGCGCGCCGUGCGCCCUGCGCCUGGAGGUGCUGGUGGAGCGGCCGCUGCGCGUCUUCCACGUGGAGCUGGAGGUGACCGACAUCAACGACAACGCCCCGCUCUUCCCCGCCGCCCGGAAAAACCUCAGUUUAUCGGAGAACUCCCCCCCCGGUUCUCGGUUCCCGCUGGAGGGCGCGUCGGAUGCAGACGUCGGAGCCAACGCGCAGCUCUCCUAUACCCUCAGCCCCAGCGAGCACUUCGGUUUGGAAGUGAAAUCCAAAGACGAAAAUAAAAUUCUCGUAGUCCUUGUAUUAAGGAGACCGCUGGACCGCGAGAUGAUGGCUGAGCACCGUUUGGUGUUGACGGCGAUUGACGGGGGCCGUCCGUCGCUGACGGGCACGAUGGAGCUGGUGAUCUCGGUGCUGGACGCCAACGACAACGCGCCCCAGUUCAACCAGUCGGUGUAUAAAGUACAGCUGCCGGAGAGCGCUGCGCCGGGAACUGUGUUUUUCCAGCUAACAGCGACAGAUAUAGAUGAAGGAAUUAAUCGGGAGAUAUAUUAUUCGUUUAGCGACGCUGUUUCUGGCAAAGUUCAGGACCUUUUCAUAAUUGACAGGAAAUCCGGGGAAAUUCGGACUGCUGGUGACCUGGAUUUCGAGGACGUUCAGUCGUAUGACCUAGAGAUCGAAGCGAGAGACAAAGGUUGGCCCCCGCUGUCAGGUCACUGCAGCGUGGAGCUGGAGGUGCUGGACGUGAACGACAACGCGCCGGAGGUGUGGGUGACGUCGCUGUCGGUGCCGGUGCCGGAGGACGCGGCGGUGGGGACGGUGGUGGCGCUGCUGAGCGUGUCGGACCGGGACUCGGGGGCGAACGGUCGGGUGCGCUGCGCGGUGUGGCCGGCGGCGCCGUUCGGGCUGGUGGCGACGUUCGCGGGCUCGUACUCGCUGGUGCUGCGGGAGGCGCUGGACCGGGAGCGGGUGUCGGAGUACGAGGUGGAGGUGCGGGCGGAGGACGGCGGGGCGCCGGCGCUGCGCGCCAGCCGCGGGGUGCGGGUGCCGGUGUCGGACGUGAACGACAACGCGCCGGCGUUCGCGCAGGCCGUGUACACGGUGCUGGCGCGGGAGAACAACGCGGCGGGCGCGGAGCUGGCGCGGCUGUGGGCGCGGGACCCGGACGAGGCGGGCAACGGGCGCGUGAGCUACUCGGUGGCGGAGGGCGUGGGCGGGGGCGCGGUGGCGGGGGGGGGGUGGCGGGCGGCGUCGAGCUACGUGUCGGUGGACGCGGAGAGCGGGCGGCUGUGGGCGCUGCAGCCGUUGGACUACGAGGAGGUGCAGGUGCUGCAGUUCGAGGUGCGGGCGGUGGACGCGGGGGAGCCGCCGCUGUGCGGCAACGCCACGGUGCAGCUGUUCGUGGUGGACGAGAACGACAACGCGCCGGCGCUGCUCCCGGCUGCCGGGGGCGGGCCGGGCGGCGGGGCCGCGGGCUCGGCGGCGUCGGGGCCGGGCUCGGGCUCGGGCUCGGGCUCGGGGGCGCUGUGGGCGUGGGCGGCGUGGGGGGCGCCGGCGGGGCAGGUGGUGGCGAAGAUCCGCGCGGUGGACGCGGACUCGGGCUACAACGCGUGGCUGCGCUACGAGCUGUGGGAGCCGCGGGGGAAGGGCCCGUUCCGCGUGGGGCUGUACAGCGGCGAGGUGAGCACGGCGCGGGCGCUGGAGGAGGCGGAUGGCCCGCGGCAGCGGCUGGUGAUCGUGGUGCGGGACCACGGGGAGCCGGCGCGCUCGGCCACGGCCACGCUGAGCGUGUCGCUGGUGGAGGGCGCCGAGGCGGCGCUGGCGGCCGCGGGCUCGUCGUCGUCGGGGGCGGGGCUGCGGCCGGCGGCGGGCGCGGAGGGCGGCGCGGCGGCGGCGGCGGCGACGAACGUGUGGCUGGUGGUGGCCAUCUGCGCGGUGUCGAGCCUGUUCCUGCUGGCGGUGGUGCUGUACGGGGCGUCGCGGUGGGCGCCGCGGGCGGCCGUGCUGUCGGGGCCCGGUCCGGCGACGCUGGUGUGCGCCAGCGAAGUGGGGAGCUGGUCGUACUCGCAGCGCCAGAGCCGGAGCCUGUGCGUGGCGGAGGGCGCGGGCAAGAGCGACCUGAUGGUUUUCAGCCCCAACUUCCCGCCGCCGCCCGGCCCCGCGGCGAAGGAGACGCAGCCGGAGGCGCCCGCUCUCGUGGACACGCCAAAACACCCCAAUCCUGACUGGCGCUACUCUGCAUCCCUAAGGGCAGGAAUGCAAAGUGCUGUGCAUAUGGAGGAGGCAGGAGUCAUACGUGGAGGACCAGGAGGGCCUGAUCAGCAGUGGCCAACAGUCUCCAGUGCUACUCCAGAACCUGAAGCGGGAGAGGUGUCCCCCCCAGUGGGAGCUGGUGUGAACAGCAACAGCUGGACCUUUAAAUUUGGACCGGGCAAUCCCAAACAAGGUGGUCCUGGUGAGUUGCCAGACAAAUUCAUUAUCCCAGGAUCUCCUGCAAUCAUCUCCAUCCGGCAGGAGCCACCAAACAGCCAAAUUGACAAAAGUGACUUCAUAACCUUUGGCAAGAAGGAAGAGACCAAGAAAAAGAAGAAAAAGAAGAAGGGAAACAAGACUCAGGAGAAAAAAGAAAAGGGCAACAGCACCACUGAGAACAGUGACCAGUGAGGGGUUUAUACUGAAAGAACCCACUUAGCCAGUUUUUGUAAUAAUGGCAGAUUUCUCCUAUGUAGCAACUCCCAACUUCUUCCUACUGUUAACAAAUUUCCUGUAUGUACAGACUUGAGAAAAUCAGCAGGAAAUUCACAGUGUCUGUCUAAAUUGCUUAACAGGUUUUGUCUUAAAAGCUUUAUUAAGUCUGGUGUUAACUCUUUUUCUCCACUCUGGCUUGUUUUCAGAAUCUAAAAAGCAGACACAAGUUUCCUUUCUCCUACGCCGAAAAGGAGAAUCUUCACAGUACAGCCAGUGAGAGGUUGGACUCUGCACUGUGGUUCCUGUGCUCCUGUCUUGAUGACACUUACAGGACAGGUUUAAAAGUUUUAAUGUUGUGCACCCUCUAUCUGAUUGGAAAUAUUUGUGUGCAGAUGUCAGCUAGGUGAUAUGAGAUCAGAUAAUAAAAUGCAAGAAGAGCUGGUAAAUAUGCAACAGAGGAAACACCUAAUGAACACAAAUGUUCAAAGAUGUUCAGGCUGGGGAGGAAAUGUCUGAAAGGAGAUGACCAGACUUUUCAAAUCUUGAGAAGUCACUGUGUGGAAAUACUGAGUCCUAUACAUGACGUAUUGUACACACUCCUGCAAAUAAAAACCUCACAUUUACAGCUCUUUAAGAUACCAUAAAUUUUAUCUCUUACCAAGCAAGCCAUUGGGAAAAUUGACCCUUAAAGCCCUGCAUUACCCUGGCAAGGCUAGCCCUCAGAGUGUAAGAAGGGCUGGGCUGACAUCCCAGGAAUGUAACUGUGAUGCUCUGUGUCCCUGUUUCCACUCUGACAUUAUUUUGCACAUUAUGUCUCUGAAAAGGUCAGAGUUUUUCCAUGACACUUAUGCAAAAGAGAGAAAAAAAAGAAACAUUAACUAUGCUAUUUGUUAUUUGAGAUAUUUAUUUAUAAAGAAAUAUAGCUGUAAAUGUUAAAGAAAUAUGAUGCCCUUUAACCCAAACAGAAGUCAAUCUAGAGCCAUUAUGAAUUACAAUUGCUGCUAUUAAAGUGCUUUAGAAAAAUUGCCUGAAACAUCUGUAUUAUAUCGGCCACUUGCCAAUAACAGCUUUAUUCUGUCGGGUGACUUGGGGGCUGCCUUUUGCAUGUAUUAAUAAAUACAAGAAUAUCUUCUCUCUUUUUUUUUUUUGCAUUAAUCUGCACUUUGAAUACACCUUUGCAAACAAACUGUUCUAAUAUGAAGAAGCAGAAGCAAACUCCUCACACAAACGGAUUUACUAACCUGCUAGCUCUGUGCAGUACCUUCGUGUUACCUCCCACGCACCCUUUUUUUGAUUUUAGUUUUACUUUUCUAUGAGAUUAUAAAUUUCUGACCCUACUAACACUCAUUAUGUAAAAUUCAAGUACUGUAUGUAUGCUGUAUGCUCUUAUAAGAAUCCUGAAAUAUUUAUUCUGUGCUUGUGUAUGUGAAUGUCAAUGCAACUAUUAUUAGAGUGGACUUUAAGCUUUACAGUUGAAUGUAAAUUCAUUAUUUCUUUUUGUACACUUGUGAAAAAGUGGAGUAGUGUUAAUUUUUUAAGCCACUGUUGAUUAUCAGUUUUUUGUGUAUGAAACACAAGUAAAAUAUCUUUCUUAAAUCAAGCCAUGCAUGCAUUUUGGGAUUUAUUGGUAAGAAUCUGUGAAGCUAAAGCUCUGUGAAUUACUAAACCUAAGGGUAUAAAUGGAGUACUGAAUGUGGUUGAGGAUGUUGCUAUAAAAGCAAUACAUGUAUUUUUAAACAGAAUAUAGCUGAUGAGGGACUUCCAAGGGGUUUUCUACAUUAUUGUACGUUCACAGAAUAAAGCUCAAGUGUCGUCUUAAUUGGAACUGUGUAAGAAACUACAUAGCUCUAAAAUAUCUAACAGGCCCUUUAAUCUCGGAUCAAAGAGAACAGCUGGAUUUCUUGAGACAUGUCCUGGAUGUUUUGAGUUUCCAAACUGCUGACAGUUCAGAAUAAGACAAUUUCUAUUCAUUUUUAAGAACCUGCAGCAAGUCUUAAAACAUCACAGAAGGUAAAGCUCUAAUAAAAGAAUUCAUAUCUCGAAGCAUAAA